AUACAGAGAUUUCGACGAGGAGGUACAGAUUUAAGGGUCGCCGGAAAUGGAGCCCAAGCUCGUAAAUUCCAGAGCGGAACGCCGCAAUGGCCUCGUGGAGUGCUUCUGCCUCGCUCGCCGUAGCAGCGGGAGGAGGAGGAGGUUCGCCGCGGAGGAGGAAGGCCGCCAAGCGGCCGGCACCGUCGCGGUCGGGAGGGUUAUCUCUGCCGAGAAAGCCGACGACGGAGUGGUGCGGGUCCGAAUCGUGGUGAGCAAGCGAGAGCUGAAGUUGAUGGUGGCCGCCGCCGCUUCGGUGAGCUUCGACGAGAAUCGGCGGCGGGGGUCCCGGAAGCCGCUGCAGAGCGCCGAGCAACUGUUGCAGGGGCUCCGCCGGCUGCACGCGCAGAGCGCGGCCGGGAGGAUUGGUAGGUGGUCGCCGGCGCUGCGGAGCAUUCCGGAGGAGAAUUGAAAAUGGAGCUGUUAA